AUGCGAGUGUUAAUUACUGGAGCUUCAGGUUUACUUGGACGCGCAGUUUGCAAGGCAUUUAAUGAUGCUCAUCAUGAAGUUAUUGGAGUUGCAAAGACGAGAGCUGAAAAAUAUGGACUUUAUCAGUUGGAUCUGUUGGAUGAACCAGCCGUGGAUGCAUUUGUAAAACAGCAUCAACCACAAGUAAUCGUUCAUGCAGCUGCUGAACGCCGACCAGAUGUAGCUAAGAAUAAUCUACAAGCCGCACGAGCUCUCAAUGUCGAUGUAACAGAACAUCUUGCUAAGAUUGCCAAGGAUAUGAACAUAUUCUUGAUCUAUAUCUCAACUGAUUAUGUUUUCGACGGGAAUAAUCCUCCAUAUCAAGAGGAUGCUCUACCAGGCCCUCUAAACGAUUAUGGUAAAACUAAAUUGGACGGUGAAGACCGUGUACUCAAGACUCAUUCUGAUUCAGUCAUCCUGAGGAUUCCAAUACUUUAUGGACCCGCAGAAACCCCCAAGGAAUCGGCUGUUAACGAAUUAAUACUGAUUGUUAAGGAUACAUCAGCGGUUGUGAAUAUGGAUCAUCGCCAGAAACGAUAUCCAACGCAUGUUGCAGACGUAGCGAGAGUAAUCCUAGAUAUAGCAGUGAAACGUAUUGAAGAGAAGCAAACUAUGGAUAACAUAUUUCACUUUAGUGCUGAGCUGCAAUUGACUAAGUACGAAAUGUGCGAAAUUUUUGCGGAACUUCUUGGUGUAUCAAUUAACCACAUUAAUCCGAUAACUACGGCAACAGGGACUGCCACACGCCCAAAUGAUUGCCGAUUGUCGACAAGUCGUCUUAGAGAGCUUGAAAUUGAUACGGGCUGUGUGAACUUUAAGGAAUGGUGGAAAACACAGCUCUGGAGAAGAAAAUAA